AUGUCUUCUAGAUUGGUGCGAGUCCGGCGAGGACCAGCGAUUAUGAUCGACACCACCACUUUGGUGCAAAAACUAGCUGAUCGACUCGAGGAGCCACAAUUUUUCAUAGAUGUGUGCUCCAUGAUGAGAGACGACAUUGCCAAAAUGAAUGAAAAAACUUCAAGGGAUCUUCUGGAACUUCACAAGACACGCUUCCAUCCCACGGACGCAACCAACAAGCUCAAGGAUUCGGAGCCUGGCGCGAGGGAUUUAGAGAAGAAGUUCCUCGAGAGCUUCCACAGAGUUUUGGAGAGAUGCAAUUUCCAGCAGCUAACCGAGAAGGAGUGGAGCGAGGCCAAGCACAGCAAGUAUCUCCUCCGGUUUAAAAUCGGUUACAACAAAUCCAAGCUAGACAACCAGUUGCUACAAAAUGCUCCUGGGAGAAACAACGUGUUUGAGAACUUAUUUUUGAUUUACCACCGGGGUGUUGGGAUCGACACCUCGAAAGGAUUCUAUUUUAUGCCAAAGCUUAGCGUGUUAUGGUGGAGCUUGUGGAGAACUCUACUGGAACCCUUUUGGACAUCGAAAUGGAGCAAAAGCUCGCCAAUGGAAUUGGCGCCAGGGGACAUUGAAGAAGGAGAAUACAAAAUACAGUACGUUGAGAGAAUCCACAUUGAGGAUAUUAAGAUAAGGAAUUUCUUCCAGAAAGUGCAGCUACAAGAACCAACAUUUAGCCAAGUUGUGGUUGUGUACAGAUUGAGAAAGCAAGAGUACACAUAUGGCAUUCACGUUAGACACUUCAAAGAUAUCCCAAUGGCCGACUUGGAAAUAGUUGUGGUAAGAAAUCACAAGAGCUCCAAGAAAUUUCAAGUUAUAUGA